GAUUAUUAUGCAACGAAAGUGUGCAAAUCCAGCUGCAGCAACAAGGAGGCUCAGGCUGCGGGGAGGAGAACAAACAUGGCGACCGGGUACGCUUGGUUCCUUGUGCUGGGGUCUGUGUUUUUAUGCAACCUCAUGAAAACACUUCUCCCGUCUAUAUCCUCUUUCCUCUCAAAGAUGGUGCAGAAAGAUGCUGAGCAGGAAAGCGAGAUGAGAACUGAAAUCCAGGAGAUGAAGAAGGAGCAGUCCUCAAUCAGCAUGAUGGAUGAGUUUGCUAGAUAUGCCAGAUUGGAGCGAAAAAUAAACAAGAUGACGGAUCAGCUGAAAACACAUGUGAAAUCAAGAACAGCACAACAAGCGAAAAUGAAGUGGGUUGUGAACAUCGUCUUUUAUAUUUUGCAGGCUGCUCUGAUGAUUUCUUUGAUAUACAAGUAUUACUCUGACCCAGUGACGGUGGUCCCCAGUAGAUGGAUCGCUCCUGUAGAGCGUCUCGUGGCCUUCCCAACAGGAGUGGCAGGUGGUGUGGGAAUCACAUGCUGGUUGGUGGUUUGCAACAAAGUAGUUACACUGGGUCUCCAUGCUGUCAGCUAGACACUGCACUUAUGGUUAGGAAACUUAUACAGGUCUGCCUUUUUGUAACUUAUUGUUCAACGUUUUGUUGAGGGAAAUCUGUUUCCUUUUUUGUUUGCUGCUUAGGUCAGCAUCUAAAAAUGCAGUGCAUUUGGGCGUUGGCUAUUUCAUAUUGUACUAUUGUUAUGUCACUUUUGUUUUGGUAAUUAUUUUUUAAGUUGAUUGCUAUUUUAAGGUGAGCUGAAAAUGUUAAAACCGCUUUUGAAUAAAUGAAAAUAAAAUGAA